AAAUGAUCGCGCUGUCAAACUAUCUUUCAAUGUUAACCAACCCCCGCAACAGGUAUAUUGGAUUCGACCAAUACGUCACGAAGACAUUGUUGACAUCGACUCAGUCGAAAUUACAAGUAAAUUUUCAAAUUUUUCAAGAGAGAACUUGUUCUCAUCGUUGUGAUAAUUAGUUGUGCAAUGGAUUUUAUCGAACGGGGGUUCAUUACAAACACACAGAUCCCCUGAUAACAAUACAUUAUGACAUCAUGGAAAGGUCAUUUUGAGGAUUUCAAUUCAGGAAAUGGGUACCAAUCAAAGAGUGCAAAUAAUCAACGACAAUCUUUCAAUGGAAAUAAUGACACUACUACCAGUAGUUCCAAAGUUACAGAAGUUUUAAAGAUUUAUGAUAUUUCAUCCAGUCAUUCCUAUGUUACUAUUAUUGGUUUAGUUAUUAGCAAAGAUGGUCCUAAGUCAAUCAUAAGCAAGAAGGGUACAGAGAGAUACUUGUUGGCAUUAACAGUAAGAGAUGCUGAAGAAAGUUUUAUAAAUGUUACGUCAUGGGGUAAUGAAAGUUAUAUUCUAUCUGCAGCACAAUUAAUACAAAUUGGUGAUGUGGUUCGGGUUAGUAAUGCCCAAGUUCAGAGUAAACCAAAUAAUGGAAUGGAUGAUAAAUAUAAACCCACAACACCAAGUCCCUAUCAACUGAAUAUUUCGGAAAAUCAUGGCUAUAUAGAGUUAUAUUCGGGCUGGGAUUCUGAAAAUUUUCGAGGUCUUCAACAUUUGCCAACAAAACCUAAAAAUGACUACUACACAUUAGAAGAUAUAAAUGUUAAUGGAAUGUCUUUACAAGGAGAACACAUAAAUAUAUUAGCAGCUGUCAAAAAACUUGGUAAAGUCAGAGAUAUUACCACGAAGACUGGAAAAAUGACAAAGAAAUGUGAAGUUUUACUUUUUGACGAAACAUGCUCAAACUUUACCUUAGAUCUAUGGAAUAUAAAUGUUGAGCAAGUACAGACUUGGAUAGCUCAUCAAACUGUUAUUUUUGCUGCAGAUGUAAAAAUUAUUCACAGUGAUUUUAAGUCAUCAAUGAUAGCUGUGGCUGAUAGUAAAACAAUAUUUACAGUAGAUCCAGAGACAACAGAGGCUUACAGUUUACAUAGUUAUGCAAUGUCAGAUACCAGUUGGACAAAUGAUAUAAGUAAUGAAGGAGAAAUUGCAAACUUUGUGAAAGAAAUAGAUCCAGAUUUGGAAAGCAUAAAGGAAAUCUACAACAUUGAACAGAUGAAGACCAAAUGCAACAACACUGAUUUUCAGGCAGAUUAUGGUGUUGCUUUUGUUUUCUUGUCAAAAUUUGAUAUUGAUAGUGAAGACCAUUUAAUUACUAGACAAGUAUGCAACAAAUGUAGACGAACAGUGAAGGAAGAAUCCAAUUUUAUUUGUUUAAAUCCAUCAUGUUCAGGAGAUGAAGAUAAUGCUAUAUUUAACGGCAACAAGAAUGCUUUUGAAUAUAACAUAUCAGUAUCAAUAUCUGAUCAUACUGGGACUUUAGACUUCUGUCAACUACAAUCAACAGCUGCUGAAAAUAUUUUGGGGUUUAAGGCAGAUAACAUCAAUGAAGUAAACCUGGACAAAUUAACACAAAUAAAAUGGAAUUAUCUUUUAGAACGAUGUAAACUGAAAUUUAAGAUCAAAAAAUUCAACUCGCGCAUCACUGUAAGAAUUUUAUCUUUAAUGGUAGCAGACCACAAUGAAGUUCAUUCCUAUUUCUCAUCUUUAUAAAGGAUAACUGUAAAAUCUAUUUUUUAAACACAAACUAUCUGUGAUAUUUAAGUGAACUUCUGUUGCUAGAGCAUUCAGAAGAUUUUAUGAACUAGAAGUUAUCAGAAAUUGUUUAAUUCUAUGGACUUCACUUCUUCAUCUCACUGAUAAAAGAUAAAAUGAUAA